AUGGUUCAUUUUGGAGCUCUUGCACUUCUCCUGGUAAUUAAUCAUGGGAUUGAGGCAUCUCUGAUAGGCAGUAUGUUAGAUGUAGCCCAUCAGUUUUUCUUGCUCUCCUCUGAGGAGAAGAUGAAGUAUGGGAACAGUGAUCUUCUGGAUCCAGUGAGAUAUGGAACCAGCUUCAAUGCCAAAAUUGACAAAUUUUUUAAUUGGAGAGAUUAUUUGAAGCAUUUCUGCCAUCCUGUACUGCAAACUCCAGAUAAUCCCCCAAAUUACAGAGAUGUUGCUGGACAAUACUUCAAGGAGACCAGGAAAAUGGCUUUGAAAUUGAUGGCAGCAAUAUCUGAGAGUUUGGGACUGCAGCACACUUACAUAGAAACUGUGUUCAGAGAGGGCCUUCAGGUUGGCGUAGUAAACUUCUAUCCUGAGUGCCCACAACCAGAGCUUACAAUGGGCAUUGCACCCCAUUCUGACCAUGGGGGUCUUACCAUACUGUUACAAAAUGAGGUGGGAGGUCUGCAAGUGCGCCAUAAUGGUCAUUGGGUGGCAGUGGAACCAGUUCCAAACACCUUUGUUGUCAAUCUUGGUGACCAUUUAGAGAUUGUGAGCAAUGGGAGAUACAAAAGUGUGGAGCAUAGAGCAGUGGUUAAUGCAGAGAGAACAAGAAUGUCAAUAGCAGCAGGCAAUGGGCCUGCUUUUGAUGCUUUGAUAUUUCCUGCUCCACUACUAGUUGAUGAAACUCGCCCUCCACUGUAUAGAUCCAUGUUGUAUGGAGAAUUUCUUAGGCUCAGAGAUGAAGGCAAAGGUACCCAAGAUCUGCUCAGGAUACCAAAACAAGAAUAGUAGAUCUGACAUUUUUAAAAGGGAAUAAUUAGGAAGCAGACAAUACUAUGUAAGUUUAUGAUAAUAUCCACAUUUAGGUGUCUUGAGGGUGGGGGAACUUUUCCUGUGUUUUGGCUUUCUCGUUUGGCACAUGCAU